AUUAAGUCCUAUCUGAAUUUGUGCCCCGAUUACAGAAAGAUGGUGUUUGAUAAGAUCCUGUUUCCAUUACCAUCUUCAAUAUUCAUGGCAUCCAUAUGUUCAAUCACCUUAGUUUCCUCGUUUAUUGCUGGAAUCUCUGAAUCAAAAGGGAAUAAUUUGCCCUACUCAAAACUCGGAAAUACAAAUUCUGGUCAGAAAUCCAAAAAAGAGAGCAUUUUUCUUUCUAACAGAAUUGGAAUGCUAAUUGUGUACACGCCUGCUCUCUUAGCAAGUGCAAUUUCUUUCUGGGUUUACCCUAAUCAUGAUUUCAGAUUCUUGUUGGUGACUUCUGCUCUUGCUCUUCAUUUCUUCAAGAGGGAUUUCGAGGUGUUGUUUGUACACAAGUACAGUGGAAUGAUGAUGCUUGACUCUGCGAUCACGAUCUCUCUAGGUUUUUUCAUGUCAACAGUAAGCAUGAUUUACAACCAACACCUAAUGCAAGGUAUCCCAGACCCAAAAAUCGAUCUAAAACCUAUUGAAAUCGUCGUUUAUUUGGGGAGUAUCAUUGGAAAUUUCUACCACCGUUAUCUCCUUUCAAAACUAAGGCAGGAUAAUGAUAAAAAAUACAAAAUUCCAAAGGGUGGUCUCUUUGGAUGCGUAAUUUGCCCACAUUAUAUGUUUGAAAUUCUAGUUUUUGUGGGGAUUUCAUUGAUGUCUCGGACAAUUUACCAAUUUUGUUUCACCCUUGGAACCAUAUGUUACUUGACAGGAAGGAGUAUUGCUACUAGAAAAUGGUACCUUUCUAAAUUUCCAAACUUUCCUAGGCAUAUCAAGGCCCUUGUACCUUUUGUUUUUUAGAUGUAAACUUGAUUUUGUGCUUACAAUUCUGAUGAAUUAACCUGAUGCUUUAUUAUAUAUUGGUGAAGUAUGAUUCCACUAUUUCAACA